UUCAAAGUCAAAACAUAUAAUUUCGUGGGCAAAGAAAACAAUAAAGGUUUUAAAAUAUAUUUUAUAUAAUGUAUAUCUAACGUUACCCAUUAGAUAUAGUUAUUAAAGAUUAUAAUUUUAAGUUCAAAAUUGUAAUAUCUAUAAAAUGGCUUUCAAUAUUAAAAAUAAAAAUCUACUUCGUCGUAUUUACUCUAUUCGACAUUAUAGUGAGUCUGAAAAUAAAACAUCUAUAUAUGAAAAACAUGAAGCAGGCCCUCAACCACGUAAAGUAUAUGAUCAGGUAUAUACUGAAUGGCGCAAACCCUGGAUAAAGAGGGAAGGUGAACAGAUAAGCAAAUUAAACAUUUUCGUAGAGAAAAAUCCUAGCAUGAGCAUUUUAAACGCUAUGCAGAAAAUUCCGCAUAUCACAUUUGAGGAUGUUAAGGAAUGGUGGAUACAAAUGAAAGAACUACAAGAAAUCGAGAACCAAAAAUAUUUACCAGAAAGAGUUACAACUUUAGGCCAUAACCUUGCUGCUGUUCAUUUCUUCACAUAUCGUCAAGCAACUGUUAGGCUAAGGGGUUCAAAGGAAUGGAUAGGUGGAGAUAUCACAGAACUAAAACUACCCUCGAGAUUUAUAGAUGGCUAUUUUGUUGAGGCUGUUGAUUGUACUAAUUUCCAUCGUAAUGGUAUUAGAUAUGAAGGAAUCCAAAACUUAACAGGUCUCAACUUCCUCAAAUGGUUGUCGUUAAAAGGCAAUAAACAUGUUGAUGUGUGGUGUUUGGAUAGAUUAGCUGGCCAGAAUGGAAACAGCCUAGAAUAUUUAGACAUAACCGGGUGCAAUAUAUGUGUGGGCUCAAUUUUAGCAUUAGCAAGAAUGAGAGCAUUAAAAUUUUUGGUUCUCACUGAUCCUGGUGACGAUACAGAACUCCAAGCUGCUCUCUCAUGCCUUGAAGAGGAAAACCCUGAUAUAUUAAUAAAAACGGAAAUGCCAACAUAAUUAGUUUAAAUAGAACAAUUUGUAUUUAAAAUAUAUUGUUUGCUAGUACGAAACAGAAGCCUGUAAAUAUGACAAUGUGUGUUCAAAUUUGCUUCUAUAAGGAGAGAGAAAUAAAAUAAAUAAAACACA